AUGAAAGGCCAGAACCCCCAGACCACCACCAGAACGUUGCAACAGCAACACAAACCACCCCCACACACACAUCAUACUCACAACACCUACCACACAAAACCACACAACAACAACACCCACAACAAACAUCACAUCCUCAGCAACCAACGGAAUACAACCCACCUCCACUACAGCAACAACAACCACAGCAACACAGACACCAAGAACCCAGAUACAGGCAGCAGAAACCCCCCACCAUCAGAGACGCAAUCCUACUACAACAACCACAACAAGACCAACAACGGAACACAUACCACAGAGACCCAGACAGACACAAAACCAAGACACAAAAACAACACGGUGGCCCAAACACCUGCCUCAAACCCCAUGCCUUCUACUCCACAUCAACUCGGAAAACACCCUACUUCCCACCCCACCCAAUCACAUGCAACACCCCCACCCCCCACAGCCUCCACCCGUGACGGUAGUACCAGUGCCGAAAGUCAAGCACAACACCGUAGAGCAGUCACCAAGAAAGAAAAAACCCACCUACCGCCUCAGUAA